GCCUUUCUUCACCCGCUGGAAUCCGUCGCACAGGGCCUAUAAUGGAGUGUUAGGCCGCGUCUCCAUGGCAACGCGAGGCUCUGAAGGACCCCUCCUGCUCAUGAGCUAGAGGGGGGGGGUUAGAAACCUUAGGAGUCUAACUCGUUGCCUGCUCUGUCUUUUUUAUUAAUAUAUAUUUUGGUCGUGGUUAAAAUGUUGAUAUUACGUAUUUAAACGUUAACCGGCUAUACUUUUGAUUACGGCGACGUAGGCAUUUUGUAUGAUCCCAUUAGGCACUGGGGCAGACCGCCUUUUACUAUUCCAGCUGUUCAGAGCUUAGCUGCUGUUGAGUUGGCAUUUCUUUCGCGGCUGCCAGACUGAGCGGAGAGAGGAGAGGAAUAGGAGGGAAGCUGCGCUCUGGGAAAACAAAUUUUUGAAGAAGAUUAAUUGUUAAUACAGAACAUCCAGGCAUAAUGACAUUCAGAAAAGUAAACAUUUUCAUCCUGGUGCUUGUUGUUGUCAUAUUUUUGCUAGUGCUACAUCACAACAUACUUGGUCUUAGUGAUCUCUUAAAAAGAGAAUUAUCAGAUUCAAGUCCAUUAGGACUCCAACCAAUAGAUUUUAUACCCGAGGCUCCUCAAAGGUGGACAGAAGGUCAAAAUGACAAGGAAAUCCCUGUGGUCAUUACAGCAUCUGAUGAUAGGCUUGGCGGUGUAAUUGCAGCUGUGAACAGUAUUCAGCAAAACACCAAGUCCAACGUAGCAUUCCAUAUUGUCACUCUGAAUGAUACAGUAGAUCACUUGAGGUCAUGGAUUAGUAAAACUAAUCUGAAAAAUGUGAAAUACCGAAUUUUAAAUUUUGACCCUCACAUCUUGGAUGGAAAAGUGAAAGUUGACUCAGAAAUGCCAGACUCCAUAAAACCUUUAACCUUCGCAAGGUUCUACAUGCCUAACUGGAUCCCUAAUGUGGAAAAGGCCAUUUAUUUGGAUGAUGAUGUAAUUGUGCAAGAUGAUAUCCUUGAACUUUACAACACUCCACUACAACCAGGCCAUGCAGCUGCAUUCUCAGAUGACUGUGACUCUACUUCAAAUAAAUUUGCUGUUCGUGGAGCCGGCAACCAGUAUAAUUACAUUGGGUUUCUUGAUUAUAAAAAAGAAACUGUUCGGAAACUAUCCAUGAAAGCAAGCACUUGUUCUUUCAAUCCUGGAGUCUUUGUUGCAAAUCUAACUGAAUGGAAACUACAGAACAUCACCAAGCAAUUGGAGAAAUGGAUGGUACUUAAUGUUGUAGAGGAGAUAUACAGCAGGACUCUGGCAGGCAGUAUCACUACUCCCCCUUUGCUCAUUGUGUUUUACAAACAACAUUCAAACAUUGAUCCGAUGUGGAAUGUGCGCCAUCUUGGUUCAAGUGCAGGCAAAAGAUACUCUCCACAGUUUGUGAAAGCUGCCAAACUGCUCCAUUGGAAUGGGCAUUUCAAACCUUGGGGAAGGACAGCGUCCUAUGCAGAUGUCUGGGAAAAAUGGUAUAUUCCUGAUCCUAGUGGCAAAUUCAACUUAAUUCGGAGGCACAAUGAUAUCUAUGAGGCAAAAUAAGAUGAAUUCAAUGCUUGUGUAUUAUCUCAGGAAAGAGACCAAAGUGAAAUCAGUGCUGCUUUGACCACUGUUUAUACUAAAACUGAGAAAAGCAGAUGUACUUGAAGCAGCAUGAUGAAAGAGGAGGUGCCUUCACAUUUUCCAGUGAGAUGAAAACCUCUGCAAACUAGUAUUUUGAACUAGAUGGACUCUUUAAGAGUGAUCUUCUAUGUUACAAAAUGUGUUAAAAAACUUUACCAGGAAUGCACCAAUGAAUGUGCCACAUCUCUUGCAAUGUACUCUAUUAAACAAAAGCCAUCAUUUUCUCCUGUUGCUUAACCUGUGAAUAUAGCUUUUGUGUUAGAACUUUUUGCAUUGCUUGAAAAUUCAUUCUGGAUUUUAGUGGAGGAUUUACCUUCUAAAAGCUAGCGAUUAUGUACAAUGGUUGCUUUUAAACAACCUGUCAAAGAAUCAAUGUUUUAAAAAUAUACAGGAAACCGCACAUAAAUAUGCUGUAUUCAGAUGACACUUUUCCUAUGAAUGGUAGCUUUUAUUUCAUAAGAUGUCAUUCCCUUUAAUAAACUCUUAAUUAGUU